AUGGCUCCUAUAUCCACUGAAUUCUCCAAUGGUGUUCUGCCUACUAAGGCCGUAAAGCAGCAGCCUAACCAGGUCAAUCUCUCCAAAGAUGUGCCUCUCAUAAGCUCCUUGGAUCUCUCCCAAAUUGAGCCGUUCAAAUUGGAAAAAAGAUUAUUGACUAUUUCCGCCAAUGCUCUUGGGCCUGUCAAUGUACCAGUCUACAUCUACCGGAGCUCUAUUCCCGGGCCGACAAUCGGCCUCACCAGUGCUAUACAUGGCAACGAAGUAAAUGGCGUUGCCGUCAUCCAGCAGAUAUUCUCCGAGCUAGAGUCUGAGUAUAGCGAGGCUGGAGGUAAAACUCUCAAAGGUGCCAUUAUUGGUGUACCCUUUUUGAACGUACCGGGAUUUUUGGACUCGAUUCGUUCAUUUGAUGGCCAGGAUCUGAAUCGACUAAUGCCUGGAAAGGCAGAUGGAGCAGCUCCUCAACAAUAUGCAUACAAGCUAUUUCAUGAGGUCAUCUUGAAAUUUGACUACGUGUUUGAUCUCCAUACUGCUUCAGCCGGUAGACAGAACUCUUUGUAUGUGCGUGCCGACAUGACGCAUCCUGAAAUUAGCCGAAUGGCACGCACCCUUGGCUCUCAAAUCAUCGUACACAAUUCUAGCCCCGGCGGCUCGCUGCGAGGAUGUGCCCAGGCAAAGGGCAUCAAAGCUAUUACCAUCGAGAUUGGUAAUCCUAGCAUUUUCCAAGAUGAGCUGAUUACAAGAGUUAUCUCGGGAAUUAGCAAUGCUCUGACAGUGCCCCUCGGCCAUCAGCUAUUGGAAGAUACCAGCCCCAAGAUUUCCGAAACAGCAACAGCUGUAUGCUACAGAAGUUACUGGGUCUUUUCUCAAACAGCAGGCAUACUUCGAGUAUAUAAACAAGUGGCUGAGUCAAUGCGAAGAGGCGAACUCAUUGCUGAAGUUCGUUCAAUUUUUGGUGAGGUAAUCGAGCAGAUUUUCAGUCCUAUGGAUCGAGACACAGUCGUGGUCGGCAUUGAGGCAAACCCUGUUGCUAAAUCGGGAAAUCGUAUUGUUCAUCUGGGGGUGAUUGGCGACGACUUCAAACCGGGGAAUAAAAUGAAACCCGAUUGGAACCUUGACCUUACGCGCUUUGCAACGAAGACCAAUAGUGAUGUUUGA